CCCGUACUCAAGCGUAUUGCCAACCGCACUCGGCGUGCGCCGAACCCUAACGUAGUCUCAGCCAUCAUCAUGAGCGACUGGCAUUCGUCCAUCAACAUCGCGACGCUCCUGACGCUCGAAGACGUUCAGAAACCGGAGCUGCUCGCCGACCCGGACCACGAGACGCCGCUGCUCAAGCUCGCCGCGGAUACGCACGCGAAGGGGUACGAUGCGCUCUGCGUGCCGCUCACGACGGAGCGGUGGAGGACGCGAUGGCGCGAGAUGUGCCUGAUCGCGACGGGCGAGGACCGGGAUACGGCCACGGUCGCGGCCGAGCGGAGGGCGGAGGAGUGGAGGGAGAAGCCGGCGUUUUUGUUGGACGAGGUCACCCUCACGCGCCUCGACGAGGCUGCGAAUGUCAUCGCGGUCGUGUCGGACUGGCUCGAACUCGACUCGGAAGACGACUGGCUCAGGCAUGAUUUCGAGAUCGCCUUGCAACAAGAACUCGCGUACGCUACCUACCUGAAUAUCGGCACGGCGAUCCUGCCCCCGCCCCGCAACCGCGCGCACGCCGCGUCGUACGGGCGCGCGAUCGGCGCCGCGCUCGCCGCGAAUCCGGCCCUGCACCUCUCCUUGCGCCUGCCGAUCUACGACCCGGCCGUGUUCCAGGCGCAGGCGGGCAAGCCGCCCGCGUCCCCGGCGCCUGUAUCGGUGCCCGGGAGCCCGUCUCCGGCGACCUUUUCGCCGUCGAGGGCGAGCGUGUCGAGCGUGGGGAGCUCGGUCGCGAGGGCGCCCGAGGGCGAUUUGAACGGGAACUGGGAGAUGUGGGACGUCAUCCGGUCUGUGUGCGAUUAUCAUCCGCAUCUUUCGCUCACCCUGGACCUGACGCCUCCCCUGCCCUCGGGGGCAGGCAUCCUCGACCGAUGGGCCGCCGAGCCGCUUCGGCACGUCUUCCUGCCCUCGUCCGCGUUCAUCGCGAACGCCAAGGGCUACCCCGUCCUGCCCAAGGGCACGCAAUCGUUCAUCCGCGAUAUCAUCAAGGCGAGCACCUCGCGUUCCCUCUUCAGACCCGCGAUCGUGCUCGGCGGCGUCGCCGGCGCCGGCGCGCACGCCCGCGGCGGCGAGGGCGCGUACCUCCAGUACGUCCGCCAUCUUGAGAAGACGAGUCCCGCGAUCGUCGCGCAGAACACGCCCGGCACGGUUGAGCAUUACGCGUAUGGGUAUCAGGACUACUUGCAGUCCCCGCUCCAGCCUUUGAUGGACAACUUGCAGAGCCUGACGUAUCAGACGUUCGAGAAGGACCCGGUCAAGUACAGGAACUACGAAGAGGCCGUCUUCAAGGCUCUCGUGGACUGGCCGGCCGCUGAGCAUGUUACCAUAUGCGUCGCCGGCGCGGGGCGAGGCCCGCUUGUCGCCCGCUGUCUCACCGCCGCCGACAGAGCGAGGCGGAAAGUGGUGCUCUACGCGGUCGAGAAGAACCCGAACGCAUAUGUAACGCUGCAGCACCGGAACGCCACGGAGUGGGAGGAGCGAGUGAAGCUGUUUUAUGGCGAUAUGCGCGCGGUGGAGUUGCCGGCACAGGUCGAUAUAUUGGUCAGUGAGCUGCUGGGCUCGUUUGGCGACAACGAGCUGUCGCCGGAGUGCUUGGACGGCGCGCAGAGGUUUUUGCAGCCGAAUGGCAUCUCUAUCCCGGCGUCGUAUACCUCGUGGCUCGCGCCGCUGUCGUCGUCGAAGCUGCACAACGAGGCACGAAGAGGUAACGACGUCAAGGCCGUCGAGACGACGUAUGUCGUUAUGUUCAAGGCCGUCAAGAUCCUCAGCGGGGCCGGGCCGGGCGCGGGCAAGCGCUGCGGCGGCGCCAUACAGGAGUGCUGGGAAUUCGAGCAUCCCCGGCGGGAUGUUCCGCUGGACGCGCGAGGGCUGCCGCUGACGAACAGCCACAACGUACGGUCGAAGACGCUCAACUUCCACAUUCCGCACGCGGGCGUUUUGCACGGAUUUGCGGGGUAUUUCGAGGCCGUUUUGUACGGGGACAUUGGGCUCAGUAUUCAUCCUGAGCGGAUGGAUGCUGUCUCGAAAGACAUGUUGAGUUGGUUCCCGCUGUUCAUCCCCAUAAAGGAUCCACUGUAUCUGCCCAGCAACUCCGAGUUGCAGGUCUCCAUCUGGCGGCUCACGAACAAGCGGCAGGUGUGGUACGAAUGGUACGCCGAGUCGUUCAUGCCGGUGUCCUACACGACCGCGUCGGUGGAGAAGGACGCGUCGCCGGCGCUGCCCCGGAUGCCUCUGCCGCGAUUUCCGUCCAUCGACUCGCGUGGGUCAUUGUUAACGUCGUCGCAGUCGACACCGGUGGUCGCAGCAAGCCCGCUUGUCGACGCCGUGGACGUGUUCCCGUUCGAUAGGCGGGCGGGGUCACCGUCGCCUCGGUUCGUGACGAGGGAAGAACUCGGAGCCGAGGACGGCGCGAGAGGCGAAGGCGUCGUGAAGAUUGGUCAAACCGCCUUGCAUAAUCCGGGAGGCCGGAGUUGCUGGAUCGGACUCAUGUAAGGGACGGCGUACUCGUGUGGUACGUACCGCCCUCGCAGCCUACAAAAGACGAGCGGCGUGUUGUAAAAAUGAAUGCAUGUUCGAAUGUGCCGUGGAUUUGACUGCGAGC